GUCCGCGCUCCCGGGUUCCCCUCGCGCUCUAACGCGCCGGGAUGGCGGAGCUGCGGCCUAGUGGCGCCCCCGGCCCCUCCGCGCCUCCGGCCCCCGGCCCUACUGCCCCUCCGGCCUUCGCCUCGCUCUUCCCCCCGGGACUGCACGCCAUCUACGGAGAGUGCCGCCGCCUCUACCCGGACCAGCCGAACCCGCUCCAGGUUACCGCUAUCGUCAAGUACUGGUUGGGUGGCCCAGACCCUUUGGACUACGUUAGCAUGUACAGGAAUGUGGGGAGCCCUUCUGCCAAUAUCCCUGAGCACUGGCACUACAUCAGCUUCGGCCUGAGCGAUCUCUAUGGCGACAACAGAGUCCACGAGUUUACAGGAACAGAUGGACCUAGCGGUUUUGGCUUUGAGUUAACAUUUCGUCUGAAGAGAGAAACAGGGGAGUCUGCCCCACCAACGUGGCCAGCAGAGCUAAUGCAGGGGCUGGCCCGAUACGUGUUCCAGUCAGAGAACACUUUCUGCAGUGGGGACCACGUGUCUUGGCACAGCCCCUUGGAUAACAGCGAAUCAAGAAUUCAGCACAUGCUACUCACAGAGGACCCGCAGAUGCAGCCCGUGCAGACACCCUUUGGGGUGGUCACCUUCCUCCAGAUUGUUGGUGUCUGCACUGAAGAGCUGCACUCAGCCCAACAGUGGAACGGGCAGGGGAUCCUGGAGCUGCUGCGGACUGUGCCUGUCGCUGGCGGCCCCUGGCUGAUAACUGACAUGCGGAGGGGAGAGACCAUAUUUGAGAUCGAUCCACACCUGCAACAGGAGAGAGUUGACAAAGGCAUCGAGACAGAUGGCUCCAACCUGAGUGGAGUCAGUGCCAAGUGCGCCUGGGAUGACCUGAGCCGGCCCCCCGAGGACGACGAAGACAGCCGGAGCAUCUGCAUCGGCACACAGCCCCGGCGGCUGUCUGGCAAAGACACUGAGCAGAUCCGAGAGACCCUGAGGAGAGGACUUGAGAUCAACAGCAAACCCGUCCUUCCACCCAUCAACCCUCAGCGGCAGAAUGGCCUCACCCACGACCGGGCCCCGAGCCGCAAAGACAGCCUGGAAAGUGACAGCUCCACAGCCAUUAUUCCCCAUGAGCUGAUCCGCACUCGGCAGCUGGAGAGCGUGCAUCUGAAGUUCAACCAGGAGUCAGGCGCCCUCAUUCCUCUCUGCCUAAGGGGCAGGCUCCUGCAUGGACGGCACUUUACGUAUAAAAGCAUCACAGGUGAUAUGGCCAUCACCUUUGUCUCCACGGGAGUGGAAGGCGCCUUUGCCACCGAGGAGCAUCCUUAUGCAGCCCAUGGACCCUGGUUGCAAAUCCUGUUGACUGAAGAAUUUGUAGAGAAAAUGUUGGAGGACUUAGAAGAUUUGACUUCUCCAGAGGAAUGCAAACUUCCCAAGGAAUACAGCUGGCCUGAAAAGAAGCUCAAAGUCUCUAUCCUGCCAGACGUGGUGUUCGACAGUCCACUGCACUAGCCUGGGCUCGGCCCUGAGGGCCAACGACUGCGGAUGGGGAGCCCAGCUGACUUCCAGUUGCAUAAAGGCGAUUCCCUCAAAUAAAGGACAAGUGUGAGGAGGAUGACUGCACAGCCACUGCGCCUGCAACCCAGGGGAACACUGCACAGGCCACAGGCCCCACCUCACUGCCGGGUCAGGGCACAGGACAAUGCAACCCUGGUUGCCUACUGCCACUGCAGAUCAUGGUUUGAAAUUUGACUGUGGACCCUUGGUGCCCCGAGUGGCACAGGCAUCAUGGUCACCCACUCACUGCCCACACUGUGGCAGGAGGACGUGCAGGGGUGUGCACCAGCUCAGCUCUAGGAGCCUCUGCUAGACUUGCUCCUCUGACCACAGAAGAUUCCUCCCCUCAUGUUUGGUUUGCUUUUUCCUUAUUUUAUUUUGUAGAAACCGGUGGUACUUCAUUGCCAUACACAGAGGCCAUUAUAUGAUGUUUUUUAAACAGAACUUUAUUCCCAGGUGAACAUUCUUAUUUUCUCAGACAGGGACCUGGGGCCAUGUGUCCCCCUGCACUGCCACCAGAGACGGUGACCACUGUUGGCUUGCCCACCUAGGGCCUGGAGGAGCUGCCUUUCUAGACAGGCUUCUCUUCCCACUGGGCCUGGGAACCUGUGCAGCCUGGAACACAGGUUGGCUGGCAUCAGGGAGGGCUCCUGAUCGUCUCAGGAGAAACUGAGCUCCCUCUGCCUCCAGGGACCCUCAGGCUCUCAAAGACUUGGUGACCCCAGCCUCAUCUUCCAGGACUUCACACAGCUGGGCCUGCCCACACCUAACAGUCCAGCCCCAGCCAGCCUCAGGGCCUGGGUCUCUAGCUCCUGGGCAACCCCUGCCCCAUUCCCUGGGCUUCUUGGCCUCUAGGCUGUAGGAUUAUGACUUAUCACUAACCAGAAACUGCUUUCUGCCACCCUCCCAGCCAGCCUGCAUCCCGUCAUUCCCUAUCCUUCAUCCCCACUCCUUGUCCUGUCUGCCUCUCAUGCUCCUUGGUGCUGCACCCCAGGAAACUGCAGAUCUCAUGGUCUGUGUUCCCAGAGUCACCCUGGCCUGUGGUUUGAGGGUUCCUCUUGCAUAACUAACUGCCCACUCUGCCUAGGAAUGAGCAAGGUCCUGUCCUUCCAUGUCAUGCUGUGACUCCAGGGACUGCUACUUUAAGCUCACUAUUUGGACCAUUCCAAAGCCAAGUGAUUUCACCUGGUCAGGGACUAUACAGGGCACCUUUCUGCCUCUGUCUGCCCCCAACACCCAUACAGACACCACCACAGUGGUUUAGGAGCCAGAGAGUUGCCUGCAGGGGUCAUGAUGCUCCUGGCCAGGCUUCCUAGAAAAUUGGAGGUGGCCUUCCAAUAAUGCUAUCCAGUUCCAGGCUUUGAGGCACGAUCAUCCUGAAGGGCGUGGAAGAGAUGGACCCCAGUCAACUGCCCCAUCCCCCUCUCCGCUCUGCUGCUGCUGAGAUGCAAGCCCCCUCGGCUGAGGUCACCAGCAACUGGGACUUCUGCUGUUCUGAGGGCUUUUCAGAAAAGGACGGUGGCUGUCAGCACAGCCUGACCUCUGUGUUGUUGAUCCGGAUGUGGGCAGGGGUGCCAUGCCAUUGGGUUGUCCCCAUUCCUUGCCAUCGUGACCAAGCUCCGACUGAACUCUUCUGAGCAUAGCUGGAUGGCUCCUACUGCAGCUCACCCUGCCUCCAGCUACUGGUAUGGAUGUGAGGGGGGCAGUUUUCUGAGCUAAGCUUUGUCAUCAGUGAGGCAUCUCAUCAACAUUUGCCCCAGACCUGCAGGUCUUUUACAGUCGGGGGUUGGAGGGGAGGGCUGGUAUUGGUUCUUGAAGAAGCAGGGAACUUUGAGGGAGAAGCAAGUGAGUUCUGAGAUGAUCAGUUCAGGAAGCCUAUGGCCCCUUUCUGCUCUCUCCCCACCCCCACUCCCAUCGUGCAGGAACCUUAUGAACAGCCAAGAUCCUGCCGGAGCCAGGCCCCCAUCAUUUUCCUAUUAUACAUCAGCUCUAAGCUGUGUGGCAGAGCCUCAGCUGCCUCUUACCAGGCCUUCUUUUCUUUGGACAAUGGGAAACACCUCCCAGAGAUUUCUCAGGGCUGGAGCUUGCCACUGACUGAGCUGCUGGCAGAUGAGAGAGGACCCUUGCUGAGCUUCAAGCGACUGUGACCUUGCAUGGAACACAGCACAGCCUCUGGUGCCUGGUGGGAGCCCAGCAACUGCACCUGUUCCUUCCCUACCUGCAGUUCAGUAGGAGUGCCUGGCCUCAGAUGGGGCCAAGGAGGGAGACACCUUCUCAGCAGGCCUCCCUUAAGCUUGUCCAUUUCUGCCCUAUCCUUCUAGGUUCCCAGUCCUGGCACUUCUGAGGCAGCGGUCCCCCUUGCUAUUUGCCUGCUAGGUAAGGCAGACCAUGGUUCCCCGAGUGCAGCCUGAAAGAGGACCACAUACCCUGCUGCCCUUUGGGGCACACUGGAGAGGUUCUUGUGGGGUCAGGCGGGAGAGCUGCUGCCUCUUUGGAGGUGAGGCGGCAGGGCAAGGACUGGGAAGACAUUAGGGAGAAUCCCAGUGGGCUAGAGCAUUUGAAAAAAAUAGACACGGGGUCUUGGGACUGGUUGUGGAGACUGAGUUGAGAACAGGGAGAAAGCCCUGAAGGUCAGUGCCCCCAUGGGGCAGGCCACCAAGGAUGCCCUUGACUGUGUCUUUGGUUUUUGUUUGUUUAAUCCACUUCUCUCUGGCUUUCAGGACCUCAGCACCGAUGAGGUGCCUGGGUCCCUAUAGCAAGUCAGGAGCCCUGUAGAUGGGUUCCCCCUUUUGUAUCAGUACCUGACUGCUGGCAAGCAAACUUUUGUAAAACUUUUAUAUCUGUUUUUAAUGUCCGUAGAGACUGAGUUUCUGGGGCUAUAGCCAGCCAGGGACUUUUGUAAGAAUUUUUUGGGUGACUCACUUAGAUGUCGUAUCCUUGCCCCCUCUUCCUUUGUGUAAUCUAAGUGUAUUAAACAUUUGCAGAA